AUGGGUACUUUUGAAGUUAAAAUUAUUGAAAUUAAAAAUUUAUCAAUUAAAAAUGGAAAUGGAUAUAUUCCUAAAAAUAUUAAAUUAAAGAUUGGAAAUGGUAGAAUUGGAAAUUGGGUUAAAACAAAUUCAAAAACUUAUAAUAAUAAUGGAACAGUUGCAAUUAAUUGUCAAGUAAACAUUAAAUAUAAACCCAAAUAUCCAAGUUUAAUCAUUAAAAUAAUUGAAGAUGGAUUUUUAGGUGAAAUAAUGGGUGAAUGUAAAGUUGAUCUUUCGAAUCUAUAUAAUCAAAUCAAUAAUUAUUUAGAGAAACAACCACCAAUUCAAAAUCAAUUACAAUUUUCAACAAGUCAUCAUUUAUGUAUUCCCAUUAUUCCUUCAACUUUAAUUCCACUUUAUAAUUAUAAUAAUUAUAAUUAUAAUAAUAAUAAUUACAAUAGUAAUAAUUAUAAUAAUACUAAUAAUAAUAUAAGUAUCAAUAGUAAUAAUAAUAAUAGUAAUAAUAAUAAUAAUAAUAAUAAUAAUACAAUAACAAAUAAAACACCAAAAGAAUUCUAUAAUCCAUUUCCAGUUCAAAAUAAUAAUAAUAAUAAUAAUAACAAUAAUAAUAUUUUUAGUUCAACUACUUAUUAUGGUGAAGUUCAUUUACAUAUUGUAUAUAAAAAGAAAUCAAUUUACUCAGAUUCAUCUUCUGAAAAUAUAAACCAAAAAGAUUUUGAACCAAUGCAAGUUGAUAGUGAUUUUGAUAGUAAUAAUAAUGAUAACAUAACAAAUGAUAACACUACUUAUGAUUAUCUUAAUAAUAACAAUGUACCACCAACAACAACAACUACUACCACAACAACCACAACAACCACAACAACUUCUAGUAUAAAUAAUUUAAAUAACAAUACACAAUCAGCACAACCUAAAAGAAAGAAUUCAUUAGUUAGAAAUUCUCAAAAACUUAGAGAUGUUAUAAAGUCAAUUAAAAAUUCAAAUAUAUUUCAAAAUCAAGUUGACAACACAAAUACUAAUCCUUUUUUAAGUAAUAAUAAUAGCAACAACAACAACAACAACAACAACAACAAUAAUAGUAACAGUAAUAAUAAUAAUAACAACAACAAUAGUAGUAGUAACAGUAAUAAUAAUAAUAAUAAUAAUAUACAGCAUCAAUCAAAUGAACAUUAUUCAAUUAGAUUACCAAAUAGUCCACCAUUAUUAUCAUCACCAUUAUUAUCAAUUGAUAAUGGAAAAGAUAAUGAUUUUUAUUAUAUAAACAAUGAAAAUAGUAAUAAUAUUAAUAAUAAUAAUAAUAAUAAUAAUAAUAAUAAUAACAAUAAUAAUAAUAAUAUUAAUAUUAAUCAACAAAGAAUACGCCAAGAAGAACAAUUAUUACAAAAACAAAAACCAUCAAAUCAAGAAAAAUCAGUAUUGGUACAAGAAUUUAAUAAUUUUUUAAUCAGAGAACAAUAUAAAAAUUCAUAUAAUAAUUUACAACAACACCAUUAUCAUCAACAUCAACAACAAUCAAUAGUUGAUAAAUUACAUUUGGUUGUAGUUGAAUGCACAGGUUUUCAAAAUAAUGAUGGUACUUCACCACCACCACCACCAGUUACAAUUGGUUGUAAAGUUAAAGUUGGUUUACAAGAUACAAAAAAAGAAACCCAAUUAAAGAGUUCGAAUCAAUUAUAUUGGAAACAAUAUUUUGAAAUUCCGUUAACAAAUCCAAUGCAAAGAUUUUCAUUAAAUACUCAAAAUUUAAUUUUUUAUUUUCAUGAUUAUAGUUUAAAUAAUAAUAAUAACAAUGGUGCUGAUCAGCAACAACAACAAACUCCAACAAGUAUAAUUAUAGCGGAAUCAAAAGAAUUUGAUUUAUUUGAAAUUGAAAGAGAAAAGAUAUUAGAACUUUGGAUACCUGUAACAAUAUUAGAAUCACAACAAUCUAGAUUUAAUAGUAAUAAUAAUUUAAAUAAUUUAAAUAAUUUAAAUAAUAAUAAUCAAUGUAAAAUUCAUAUAUUAUUAAAAUAUGAAACAGGUUAUCUUUCACCAUCAGAAGCAUCAGAAUUAUUAUUUCUAUCAUUAUGCGCAGGUGAUAGAUAUUUAAAUGAUUCAUUGUUGAGGAUGAAAUCAUUAAAUUUAGAUUCAACGUUUAAAGAGAAACAUUCAGAAUUUGAAUGUCCAACCAUAUUGACAAAAGCAUGUAAACAAGGUAAUCAAAGAGUGGUUAAACAAUUAUUAGAAUUGGGUUGUUCAAUUAAUCAAACUGAUAGUGAAGGAUUUUCACCAUUAAUGAAAUGUAUACAAUAUGAUGGUGUAUUUCAACCAGUUUCAAACAAUUUCCCAAUAAUAAAGUUACUCUUGGAAUAUGGAGCCGAUCCAAAAAUUAAGAGUAAAAAUGGUGCAGAUUCUGCAUUCACACUUUGUAAUUCUUGGGAAAUGAAAGAAUUCUUACAAACUUCACUAGAGAAUAGAUUCUAUCAAAUUAAAUUCAAUCAUUGUUCAAAUUGUGGUUUCAUUGAUUUUCCAAUUUGUUUUGAAAAUGUUAUUAAAUCAUUACGUGUUGGUAAUGGUAAUUGUAGAUGUAAACCAACUUUAUUCUGUUUAUCUUGUAAUAAAACUUUAAAAGAUGCUAAUGAUGAAAAAAUUGGUUUCAUUUCAAAUUUUGAAUUAAUUAAUAUUUAUCAACAAUAUCAUCAUCAACAACAACAACCACAUCAACAUCAACAAUCAUCAUCAUCAAAUUUUAAUACAUUUAUUCAACAAUGUUCAAUUUGUAAUUCAUUUGGAUUUAAUUCAAAUGGUUUUGAUAGUUUCAAAUCACAAUUUAAUUCAGAUUUUCAAGAUAUUUCAAUUGUUCAAGAUAAUUCAUUACUUCAUUUACCUCAUUGUACAAUUCCAAAUUUAACAUUUACAAAAUCAAUUUUAAAUUCAAUUCAAAUUGAUAAUUUAUUAUAUUAUUUAUUAUUAAAGAAAACAAUUAAUCCAUAUCGUCCUCAAUAUAAUAAUUAUCAACAACAACCACAACAGCAACAACAAAAUCAAUUAUUUUCUUCAAUUUUAUCAAAUAAUAAUAAUAUAAUAUCACCACAAUUUUCAUUAUCAUCAUCAUCUUCAUCAUCUUCAUCAUUACAAUUUACUUUACCAAUAAUACCAUUAUCAAUUAAUAAUUUACCACAAGAAAUUAUUCAAAAUAUAUUAAAUCAAUUAAAUGAUAUUAGAGAUUUAAAUAAUUGCAGUCAAGUUUCAUCAAGUUUUUAUAGAGUUUGUUCUGAUCAAAUAUUUUGGAAAACUAAAUUUUUAAAAUCUUCAUUUGAUCAUUCUUUAUUAAUUUCAAAUUCAUCUGAAAAUAAUGAUAAUAAUAAUAAUAAUAAUAAUAAUAAUAAUAAUAAUAAUAAUAAUAAUAAUAAUAAUCAACAACAAAUAAUUUAUCAAAUAUUAUUAAAUAGUAAUUGGUUUUUAAAUUGUAAUAAAGAUUUUAAAUCACUUUGGGUACAUUAUAGUGAUUUAAAAGAAUGGAUUAGAAAUUUAUUAUUAGAAGAAUCAUUUAAACCACGUUAUACAAUGAAUAUUUUACCAUCAAGUGGUAAUUUAUUAGUAGAGUUAACUUUAACUGCAACUAAAUAUUUAUUUAAUAAGGAUGGUGUUUCAUUUAAUUUUGAUAAUAAAUUUAAAUUAUUAUUAGAAUUUUCAAAGACUCGUUCAAUUUCAAGUAUUAAAAUUGAAGCAUUAAAUCAAAAACCAUCAAUAAUUCAUGAUCUUUGUAAUUUACUUUCAAUCUCUCCACAAUUGACAACUCAACAAAGUGGUAAAUUAUCAACUGUAAUAAUGGAUGAUUUGGAAUCUCAUGAUGGCACUGUUUCAAUCCAUUUAUCAUUACAACCAAAAGCAAUUCAAAAAUGGGUAAACACUUAUCUUGGUCAUCCUAUACCUGGUUUGCAUUCCUUUUUAAUGAUUAGAGAUGAUGUUGGUGGUAGUAUAAUUUUAGAUUUUUAUUAUUAUGAUAUUGAAAAUUUAAUUUUAAAUUAA